AUGUCGUGGCUUGUUCAGCUCUUCAAAGAAAAACACAAAAUCUUCUUCUUCCUCCCAUCAAACUUUACAGCGUCGAAAGCACCUCCGUCCCUCUCCGUAUCACAACAUCUCUUCCGCAUGAAAACCUCUUUUACCUCACUUGAUUUCCUCACAUGGCUUCAACCUCUAAUCCCUCCGAAUCAAUCGAACACAGAUGACGCCACUAUAACUCCAUUUUCCACCGCAAGACGGCCCGGUUCCACCACAGCUCUUCUCGCUUUCAUUGAUUCAGCUCCUUUUCUAACAAACUUCACACCGAACGCGAACAGAGAAAAACGCGAUAUAGAGAAAUUGAUGAAGAAAUAG